CAGUAAGGGGAGGAACAACACUGACCAGGUGGUACAGGUACUGCACGUGACAUCAGGACAAUAAACUGAAUGCGUUCAGAGUUCAGUCUCCAUUUUGAGUAGAUAGAGCAGAAGAAGAAAAAGGACGUCUGAGGCAGGACUGACUGAAGUCCAGAAGAUGAAUGUUUGUGUGGAGGAAGAGGAGGACAGAGCAGAGUCUGCAGUAUCCAGCUGUCUCUCUAUGAAGAGUGACCGGUCCAAAGAGUAUCCUCCACUCUUCAGUAAUGAACCUGGACCCUCAGACACAAAACUGACUGAAGUCCAGAAGAUGAGUGUUUGUGUGGAGGAAGAGGAGGACAGAGCAGAGUCUCCAGUAUCCAGCUGUCUGUCUCUGAAGAGUGACUCGUCCAAGCAGUUUAAUCCUCCGUACCUCAGUAAUGAACCUGGACCCUCAGACACAAAACUGACUGAAGUCCAGAAGAUGAGUGAUUGUGUGGAGGAAGAGGAGGACAGAGCAGAGUCUCCAGUAUCCAGCUGUCUGUCUCUGAAGAGUGACCGGUCCAAAUUGUUUAAUCCUGUAAACUUCAGUAGUGAACCUGGACCCUCAGACACAAAACUGACUGAAGUCCAGAAGAUGAGUGUUUGUGUGGAGGAAGAGGAGGACAGAGCAGAGUCUCCAGUAUCCAGCUGUCUGUCUCUGAAGAGUGACCGGUCCAAAUUGUUUAAUCCUGUAAACUUCAGUAGUGAACCUGGACCCUCAGACACAAAAGAGAGGGAGAGGAGUCCUGUUUCUGUGGAGGAGCAGCCGUCCUGCUGUGCUUUGUGUCAGGACGUCCUGAAGGAUCCAGUCUCUACCAGCUGUGGACACUGGUUCUGCAGACAGUGCAUCACCUCAUACUGGGACCAGUCUGCUUCACCAGAAGACUCCUCCUGUCCCCAGUGUGGAAAAAGAUCCAGAAAGAGAGCUGGACUGCAGACAGCCAGUCAGAGCAGCUCUGUACAAAAUAGUGGUCUGCAGCAGGUUUUAGAUGAACAUAAGAUCAGUCUGAGGAGGAGAUGUGAACGUGUGACUGAAGGAAGUGAUGAAACAGGAAGUGGAACCCUCCUCAACAGGAUCUACACUGAGCUCUACAUCACAGAGGGACAGAGUGAAGAGGUUAAUACCCAACAUGAGGUGAGGCAGCUUGAGACAGCUUCCAAGAAGAAGACCCUCCAUGAAACUCCAAUCAAGUGCCACGACAUCUUUAAAGCCUUACCUGGCCAACAGAGACAAAUCAGAGUGGUUCUGACCAACGGCGUUGCUGGUGUUGGAAAAACCUUCACAGUGCAGAAGUUCACUCUGGACUGGGCAGAGGGCUCGGAAAACCAAGAUGUCAGUCUGCUGGUUCUGCUUUCAUUCAGGGAGCUGAACUUGAUCAAAGAUGAGCAGUACAGUCUUCUCACGCUGCUCCAUGUUUUCCAUCCAACAUUACAGAAGGUCCCAGCAGAGAAGCUCGCUGUCUGUAAACUGUUGUUCAUCUUUGACGGCCUGGAUGAAAGCAGACUUUCAUUGGAUUUCCACAACAAUGAGGUUGUGUCUGAUGUCACACAGAAGUCAUCAGUCAACCUGCUGCUGACAAACCUCAUCAAGGGGAAUCUGCUUCCCUCGGCUCUCGUCUGGAUAACUUCCCGACCUGCGGCGGCCAAUCAGAUCCCUCCUUCAUGUGUUGACAGGGUAACAGAAGUACGAGGCUUCACUGACGCCCAGAAGGAGGAGUACUUCAGGAGGAGAGUCAGUGAUGAAGAGCUGUCCAGCAGAAUCAUCUCACACAUCAAGACCUCCAGGAGCCUCCACAUCAUGUGUCUAAUCCCAGUCUUCUGCUGGAUCACUGCUACAGUUCUGGAGCACAUGUUGACUACAGAGCAGAGAGGAGAGCUGCCCAAGACCCUGACUGACCUGUACUCACACUUCCUGCUGGUUCAGACAAAGAGGAAGAAGCAGAAGUACGAUGAGGGACAUGAGACGAGUCCACAGGAGCUGAUGAAGGCUGACAGGAAGGUUCUUCUGAAGCUGGGGAGGCUGGCGUUUGAACAUCUGGAGAAAGGAAACGUCAUGUUCUACCAAGAAGACCUGGAGCAGUGUGGUCUUGAUGUGACAGAGGCCUCGGUGUACUCAGGAGUUUGUACAGAGAUCUUCAAAAGAGAGAGUGUGAUCUUCCAGAAAACAGUCUACUGCUUUGUUCAUCUGAGCAUUCAGGAGUUUCUGGCUGCAGUCUACAUGUUCCACUGUUACACCAACAGGAAUACGGAGGUACUGGAGGACUUCCUGGGGGAAAAACACAUUGAUUCAACCCUGGAUGACUUCCUCAUGGAAGCAAUGAUGAAAUCCCUUGAAAGUAAAAACGUCCACCUAGACCUGUUUGUUCGCUUCCUUCAUGGCCUCUCUCUGGAGUCAAACCAGAGACUUUUAGGAGGCCUGCUGGGUCAGACAGACAACAGUCUAGAAAUCAUCCAGAGAGCCAUCAAUAACCUGAAGAAGAUGAACAGUGAACAUAUCUCUCCUGACAGAAGCAUCAACAUCUUCCACUGUCUGAUGGAGAUGAACAACCACUCAGUACAUCAGGAGAUCCAAGAAUUCCUGAAGUCAAAGAACAGAUCAGAGAAGAAACUCUCUGUGAUCCACUGCUCAGCUCUGGCCUACAUACUGCAGAUGUCAGAGGAGGUUCUGGAUGAGUUGGACCUGCAGAAGUACAACACAUCUGUAGAGGGACGAAGGAGACUGAUUCCAGCUGUGAGGAACUGCAGAAAGGCUCUACUGUCCUUCUGUGAACUCUCUGAGACUUACUGUGAAGUUGUGGCCUCAGCUCUGAAGUCCAACCCCUCCCAUCUGAGAGAGCUGGACCUGAGUCACAACUACAACCUGCAUGAUUCAGGAGUGAAGUUUCUGUCUGCUGGACUGGAGAGUCCACACUGUAGACUGGAGACUCUGGGAUUGUUGGACUGCAGUUUGUCAGAGAUCAGCUGUGCUUCUCUGGCCUCAGCUCUGAAGUCCAACCCCUCCCAUCUGAGAGAGCUGGAGCUGAGUCACAACAAGCUGCAAGAUUCAGGAGUGAAGCAGCUGUGUGGUUUUCUGAAGAGUCCACACUGUAGAUUGGAGAUUCUGAGGUCAGACACCACUUUUUACUUCUGUGCCGAGAUUAAAAUGAUGUGAAAGUUGUGUUGACACUAAACUACAGACAAAAGGCUGAUAUUAUACUGAUGGGCAAAACUAAACCCAUCAGCAAAGCAAUUCCAUCUUAUUUAGGUGACAUGACUGCUAGAUCUGAGUCUAUGUGAACCAUGUGGAUGUGUAGGCCAACCCUCCCUUACAACUUCCCUUCUCACCCUAACUGACAGACAGAGCUGAUGGAAUGGUGAACAGUAACAAAACACAUUUAUUUAGGGCCAACCCAGCGUUGAGUUAAGGCACAUUACAAUGAAAAUAAUGGGUAAAUAAUUCACUCUACUUCCUUUCCCAGUAACACAGUAGAGUUGCACAAUUAAACCUAGUACUUUCAGUGACACUAUUAAGGUAAACUUCAGGAAUUGUGCCACCUUUAACAGUAAGUGUCUGUUCCACUUAAUGAAGAUUGACACAAUUAACAAAGUUUGUGAAUUUCAGCUCCUUUAAACAGUCAGCAGUGCCCAUUCCACUUAAUGAACUGUACAUUGGACAACAGUACUCCUUUGUUAAAGAGACUGUGUCUCAAUGGAGGCACAAGAAGGAGAGGGUAAAAAAAACUUGCGGUUGAAUAGUUUAAAUUUAUAGAUGCUUUGAUUUUAUGACUCCACUAUUCCUAAAAGAAGUACUGUAGAUGUCUUUUGUUGUAGAUGUUUACAAUUCCCCAAAAUCAAUCCCAACAUAUUUUUUUAAACUUUGAGAUCUUGAGUCGAAUCUUAAAUAAGUUUCUGUGGGUUUUUAUUUGUGCUUGGCUGCACAACAUGAGUUUGUAUAGAUGGAGCCACUGGUGAAGCUG